GAAACCUUGUGGCGCACUUGAGCAACAACACCUCCUCUUUGUUCCUGCGCCGCCAUGGCUCCGCCUGCUUCGGAUGCCGAUCCGGCCGAUGCCGCGCUCCGUUCGGCUUUGGGGGGAUGAAAGCGCCCAAGGCCUUGAGUCCCAAUGGCUACGGACCGAACUCCCGUGCGGUCGCACGGGACCCUGCCAAGUCGGGCCAGACCUCGAGCCAGUCGAGUCCUGGUCCACGGUCGAUCGAUGAAGCUAUCACUGACUUGAGCAAGCUGCAGUUGAUGCUUGCAGUCCCUACGGUGUCGGAGUUGCGGAUGGCCCGGCCACUACGCCGCUCGGAGGGGGAAUUGUAUGUGGCCCAGUUCGUGCUGCAAUCCACACAUCGGAAGUUCAACAAGUUCUUGAGCACGCCAGAGGGAAAGUGUCAACUGCACCCGAAUUUGAAGCUCGGCAGUGCUGAUGGCGAACUGGGUUCCGAUGAAGGUGGAUCCUUUGGCAGCCUCGAAGAUGGCACACCAGUCCUCUAUCAGACCAAUGGGAUUGCACGCACCGAACAGCCAGUAUUGAACCGCUCCAUUCGCUGCAAUCGGACCGGUGCCCCCGGUCACUACAUGGAGACGAAGAUGUUAGUCGCGCGCCCCCGUGACACGGGCUUAGUGGGCUUGGCACGAGCCAAGACCAUCAAGACUCGUGUGGAUCUUCAGGCCAAUCUGUUUUAUUCCUUCACCAGCUGCUGGCAGAUUUAUGCCUGCUCGGCGAACGUCGGGCAGCUGGGCGAGGAGGACUCCGGAGAACGCAUCCUCGUGCGCCGGUCGGUGAGGGAUUUUCAGCAACAUCAUUUUCAUGACUUUCCCGUGGCGAAGCAUCUCGCCGAUCUGCUGGACCGAGAGAAUGAGGUGCUGGUGAAGGGGCAUAGCUUCGAAGUCGGAGAGAUUGAGAAGGACUUGUUCGACUACCACUGUUACACUCUGCGAUCCUGGCAAACCUAUGAGUGUGAAGGAAGGCCCCCUGAAAGUGAUGUUGGACGGAAACUCCUGGAAGCUGCACGGAACGGCCAAGUUUCGGAAGUCAAGCAUUUGAUUUUGAAUUGUGGGUGCCAUUGUGACACCAUUGUUUCGGAGUUUGGUUGCAUUGGCAGUGGCAAGUCUGGCAUCUACACUCGGACCGAUUGCGGCUUUGCAGAGGAGCGCACCGCACUCAUCGCUGCAAUUCAAGCGGGGUGGCGCUCAGUGGUCGAAACGAUUUUGGAGUUUGUACGUGUAGGGCAAGCAAGCCUGAACGUGGUUUGCCAUGAGUGGAACCCAAGGGGAAUAGGCGGAGAUUGCCUGCGGCCCUGCUACACUGCACUGGACCAGGCCAAGCUAUACCACCGUGAGGACAUUAUUCCCUUGCUGGAGGCUGCUGGAGCACUUCCACAUAAGAGGUGCAAGAAAAGCCGUCGGGAGAAUCCCUUUGAUGUCCGAGCCAGGCAAGAUCGAGGCGAACAUCGCGAGGAGCAGCCAAAAGAUUCGGCUGGCCGUGAGGAUCGCUAUGAGGAUUUCACAUUCUCAGAAUGGGCUGAUGAAGCGCAAAUGGAUAGCGACAUGAAACAGGCGGUGGAAAGCCUCAAAGAAGAGCUGCAGCAAUACGGCAACCUGUCGGAAGCCGAGCAAACCAAACUCUUCCGCAAGCUGAGUGCACGCUGGCAUCCGGAUAAGCACCCGGACGAGAAGAAGGUGAUGGCCACUCGAGUCUUCCAGUGGAUCCAGCAUGUCAAGGAUGAAGCCUGGGAGAACAGAGCAUGGUCGGCUUAGCGUUUUUCGUUUCGUGUGGAGCGGUCAUCGGCGAUGAGAAAGGCCUGAAGAGACAAAGCAUGAUUGUGCCAUCAGAUUUUGACUGAAUGACGUGGGUUUCUGUGUGGGCACCUGGAG